UGCACGCCUGUUGUUUAAAGUAAGAUUUGAUUUAUUGCUCCAGGUUUAUUAUCAGAGCAACAGGAUAGAAGUGUAAGCCAGCGUAAGCUAGCUUCUUGCAGCUUUCGACCUUCAUCCCGCGGGAAAUUCUCAACAGAAAUGGCAGCUGCAUACGUAGCUGGAUGUUUAACUGCAGCGCUUGCCGUUGGUGGGUCAAUAGUUGCGUUAGGCGGCAUCGCGAAGUACAACAAAUCAUGCACGGACUAUGGUUCCGACCCCAAGUACUGCUCUGAUGUGCUGAGCAACUACUGGUGGGGAAUCUCCUUUUGCGUCGUGCUGUCAGUCGUCAUACUAGUCCUGGUGGCCCUUCGAAAGACCGUCCUGUGGACAAGCACUCUGCAGGUGGAAGCCCGGGCAUUAUGCGUGGCAUGCGCCUCCGUUUCCAUGGAAAACGUCGCACGAAUGUACAAUGAGCGAGUACUUCUUGACAGCGGCCGGUACUACUACUCCAGGACUCGAAUGGCAUCCUUUCAGGAUCGCCUGCAGUCAGUGAACGUGUCCUUCGCGGGCUUCCUCCUUCAGUCAUUUGCCCUGCUUGCGCUGAUCAUCGCUCUCGGGGUGGUGAACUCCCAUCACGCCCGGAGGGUGAUCAACAACGCAUUGCCAAUGUGCCAAUAGCGGUCCCCAAUAAACUGUCCAGCCAGCAGCAAGGAAACUGAGCAGCAGCAGCAGCAGCAGCAGCAGCAGCAGCACAUGACCACCUAGAUAGCUGGAAGCCACGAUGUAUGUCGUCCACGUCAAUCUGCUGCUGAUAUCGCCAGCAGGCGUCAUCAUGUAUUCCUCAUCAUGCAAUCCUUGAAUGCAUGCAUACAUGCAUCGCGCACCGCUCACUGACACAUCGUGGCUGAUGAUAACCUGUCGCGACAGAUCGCCAACGCGCACCUAACCUUGCUAGCUUGGUAGCUGGCAGAGAGCCGGGGACUUCGUCACGCGUCGCAUGAAAUGAUAAAGAAACACAUAACAUACAUGCUUAUUAGCUGUCGACUUCACGAAUUAUAUGCAGCUACACUUCUCUAUCUAGGAGUGGUCGCCUCUCUGUAGACUGUAUGUAUGUUGUUACAGGGUGGUAUAGCUUCACCAGCGGCCCCCUUUCCCGAGGCAGUUCCCUGCUCUCCCCUGCGAGAGGGGCACCCUAAUCCAUUCACCCCAUCCGACUUCAGAAUGCAUUCGUUGGGUUCAGCAACUCACCACCAGCAUCCAACCAAAUCUAGCGGAUCAACGGCGCCUCAACUUAGUUCCUGGUCAGCUCGCAAGUAAGUAUGUAUGUAUGUGAUCUCCAGGCAGUAGCCACGUGGCAAGGCGGCGGAAGAAAACUCCAAUGAUCCCGGCAUUGUUUAAUCGGAAGAUUCCAAGGUGCUUAUGUUCCGUUGUUUGAGUUGUAACUACACAUACAAAGAAUAUGUGUGUAGGUUUGGAGGAUAAACUUGGGGGGAAAUUGCCCACGCACACAUACACCCACGCUCCCAGCCGCCUCAUCUUUAGGCUAGGAGGUGCACCUGUCCAAGCCAGCCCGAUCGGCUGCUGUACAGGGACCGAUGCCCCUGUUUCUAGGUAUCCAGAACGGUGGGUUGCCCUUACGGUGGACGGCACCUCGAUGCAUUGCUGGCGUGUGUCAGUCAACGUGGCAGCGGCUCCAGCAUUCCUCUUGCCUACCCUGUGCGUGUGUUUUGUUACAGUAACAUGAGGCCUGUGGAUGUCCACCCCGCUAGUGGGGGCUCCGCCGACGGCAGGAACUGGCUUAUUAUUACUUGGUCUACCAUGCAUGGUGCCCAGUCGGCAUAGCAGGAGUAGUGGCAGAUCCGUGCGCAUGGUUCCUGUGUAUACAGCAGUCUGAUAGGUUUGUGCUGUGGGCAUUCGAUGUUCCACCUACCCCCCGCCUUUUGGAGGGCUUGGACAAGCAGCAGAUGCUUGCUUGGUGCUGUACAUGUUACGUGUCUUUUAUCAUACUUGUAGCUUCUAGUUUUUAGCAGGUGUAUCAAGCGUGUGAUGGUCGACAUCAAGAAUGUAAACUGCUGUAUGGAUU